UCUUGACGUCACAGAUAUUAGCUGUCUCUGCUACAAUUUUCUCUUUUCUCAAUACUUUUCUUCUCGAUAACUUCCUCGGAAUCCUAAAACUUUCUAUUUAAAACCAGCCAAAAAGUACCUUACUGCUCACUCCAUGUACUUCUAGUCCUAGAUAGCUAGAUUGAUAGAGUCAUUAAAAACCCCACAUUUCAUUUUCACUUUCUAGCUUUCUUUUUCUGAUGCAGACCCCAGAAACAUCAGGUAUAGAACUUGGUCUCAAGACUGUAAACAUUUGUCCCGAGAAUAGCCAUAACCACCAUAACAAUUCUUCUGUUAUGAAAUCUAAGCUAUUGACUCAACAGCUAUCACCAUCGUUUUGUUCUCAGUUGGGUGAUUACAUUGGUAUGGAGAGCUGUCUUGACUUGAAGAAUUAUGAAUAUUUGCGUACGGAGAGUAGAGAAGAUGAGAAUGCGGGAAGACGUGUGCAAAAUUAUGUUCAUGGUAUGAGAUGUCAAAGGUGGUCAACGAAGAAGAAAGAAUUUCCUCCUCCAAUUUCAUUGCUUGCACGUACAGAAAACCUGCCUUCGCAUAUGCCAUUUGUGUUGAGAAGAUACUAUACGAAUGAUGGCCGGCUGAUCCUCAGGGAAGAGAGGGUGAGGCAUCACGAGUAUUUCAAGGCCUAUAGGUCCAAUGGUCAUCUCAGGUUGCAGCUUGUUCCUCUAGAUGACGAUGUUUUGGCCCCUCCUUUUGCUGAUGACAAUGAAAUCGACGAACAACAUGGCAAUGAGGGAGAAGAAGAAGAAGAAACAGCUGCAGUAAAGAUAGAGACUGAAGAUUCGAAUUCAACUGCUGAUUUUGUCUAUGACGUUGAGAAGGAGAUUGUAUGUAAGGAUACGGAACAAACAAGGGCUGAAUAUGAAUGUAAAAUAGCCGAGUCAUCUGUUGAGAAUGCCGCUGUUUCAAUGGGUGGAAAUGGAGGCGGCGGCAAGUGUUUGAAUUACAACAGUGUGAUAAUAAACUCAUCUUGUUUUCUAGGGAUGCCAGUUCCAGCUAUCAAGCCAGUUCAUACUUAGCUCAAUCCCAGAAAACUAAAUAUCUUUGGCCUUAAGGAGUUGUUAAAGGUUAAGUUUAGGACAUCUUUGAUUUAUUGGUAGCCUUGUCUUAGUCUUUUAAUUCACUUGAAAACCAUUAGUCUUUGUCGUUGAAGAGUUUAGUUGUUCUUUCGGGAUUGUUUUAGGGUUGUGCUCAUGAAAUGGCGUUUUGGCAGAGUUUAAUUCAUUUUUGUGUCUAUAUUUGCCCAUUUAUCUCUUUGAAAUCCUUUCUCAUUUUCCUCCCAAAUAAAUGCCAGGAUGAAACAAAGUUUA